CCUAUCCAUCAUCAACACCUGCAUCUGCAUAUACGAAUAUACCCCGUUGCAUAUUGUUUCUAAACAUAUCUUGUCGUGUUCCCCUGCUUCCUGGUGCCGUCUUUGCCCUUCUGUUGCACGCGAGGUGUGUGCCACGUUUUCGCGGUUGCUGAUGUUUGGGUCCAACAGCGGGAAUGUCGGCUAACGGGUUGUAUAACCCGGACCAGAGUGCUGUAAACACGCGUUGGAUAGAGCCCUGGACCGAGGCGUUUAGAGCACAACGAGAUAUCGGACUCCGUGUACCGAUCAACUUUCAGACUGUUCCAGCCGUAUCGCUGGCACAGGCGUGUUUUGCGCAAAACCAGUACGAACAUAAUGCUUUCCAAAAAUGCUUUUCAAAUUUGUUGGCUGUCGGCGUCCGGAAAUUCACAGUCGAUACGUAUUGGGAUCCGCUGCGUUCAGUAUGGAGUUUGUGCCCAGUUGAGCUGCCUCAGUCGAAUGAAGACACAUCGGCUGAAGGAAAUCUGCCUGUGGCGACUGGGCCGACAAUAGCGCCAUCAAGUGAUAGUAUGAGUGCGGAGAUCCCGCUGUCUACAUUCGAUCCUCCAGGCAAGGCAAAAAAGCGUCAACAGACAUCCACAUCGGCUUCGGUGUCUGCAGACCUAUCGUCGAGUUCGAUAGCAGUCGUGUCCUCGGUCGCAUCGUCAACUUCCUCAGCUUCAACGAGUGCAGCAACACCAACCAUAAUCGAUUUCCCAACCCCCAAUGGACCGCCGCUUUUGCAAAUCGGGAGUUACAAUUGCACAUCUCUGAUGACGCUAGACUUACUUACCGGCACACUAGAGAAGUUCCUCGAAACAACAGCUACUACAACUAGUGCAGCGAUAACUAUGUUCACUUUCAACGUACAUGCUGCUUCAUCUAUCACCGAUCCAGACGCUCCAGCUCCGAACCUGUCUCCGAAUCAACUUCCUCAGUCUGGGCAAUUGCUCAGCGAUGUGUUGCAGGGUAAUCUUUCUGAUGACACAUUCACUCCGUCUACUUUGGCCGACCAACGUGCGAACUUGAAUAGCUCGUGGUAUAACGUCGAUUGGAAUAAUCGUCCACUCAUGGGUUACUACGAGAACUCCAAGAAUGCUGACGGACACUUGUUCACGGAAAGUGGGUGGCCAAACGAAGCUUACAUGGAGUUCAAGCAGCUAUAUCGACUUAUCACUAGUUAUGGCACUGUUGCCCCGCAGAUGUCGGAUUAUAACAUAGGACCAGAUCUCGACUACGUCUUCCCUCCUGGAACCAUUGUCGAUGAAAAGACACUAUCAGUUGGCACGGAUGGACGUGUGACUUCCGGUUGCUUGUUUUCUUCUUCCGACAACAUCGUUACUUCGACAACGAACUCAUCUUGGGCCCUUGCCGAAGUCCCAUCACUCGAUAUCAGCGCAAACCCAGACUUCUCCUCGAUUAUACCCUCGGUCACUAACUUUACCGCCUGUGGUAUAACCCCCUUCCUCAAUCAAACCCUCGGAGACACCACUGCGGACAAGAAUCCCUUGCCUUAUGCCGCAUAUGUACAGUCUACAUUAUGGUCGUUCGCGCCUGGUCAACCCCUCAAUUCCUCUGAAGAGGGGGACGACACUAAUGACAACCGCUGCGUCGUCAUGAUGAUGAAACCACCCUAUGCAGGGCGCUGGCGCGUAGAAGACUGCAACCAACACCAUCGUGUCGCCUGCCACGAUCCCCGACAACCUUACGACUGGCGUAUCUCCGACGAUUCAACUUACUAUCGCAACGCCGAAUACUAUUGCAAAGACCCAUACCAAUUUAAUGUCCCACACACCGCGCUAGAAAACUCGCACCUGUUUUCUGCUUUUCAGGCCGCCGCUCCUAAUGAUGACGCGCUUUACAUCAACUUGAAUGCUUUAAGUGUGCCAGACUGCUGGGUCAUUGGACUCAAUGGAACGUGUCCGUACCUUCCUACGACAGACACGAAUCGUACGCGCAUCGUUGUAGUGCCAACUGUAGCGGCUGUGAUUAUCUUUCUUUUGGCUGCGUUAACCUUCUUUGUCAAAUGCGCUGCAAAUCGGAGGGAGAACAAGAGAGGACGGAAGAGAAGACUGGUUGAUGGCUGGGAGUAUGAAGGCGUUCCUAGUUAAUGGGAAAUUAGUGACCCAGGGUCAUGUUGGACAAGGGUAUGUAAAUAUAACAGCAUUGACCAGAAAUCCAAAUUUGGUAUCAAUCAUCAACACCUCACUACGUUGCUCAGACAAAGAUUCAAGGCAGCGGUGGUAUCGCGAUAGAUUCUGUUCUCAUCAGUUGCUCUAAUAUACAAUG